AUGUGUGAAUUAACUAAUAAUCAGUUGAAUCUAAUGAUUAAAACAUCAAAACAUAAAUUGGAAAAAUAUCACCAAUCAAUUGAAUCAUCAUUUGAUGAAACAAUUGAUAAAAACUCUAUGAAUAUAGAUAUUAAUUCAGUGAUUGUCACCCAAAACUGUUCCGUCUAUUUGAGUAACACUACAACUAAUAGUCAAGUUGUCAGUACUACUACUACUGAUGAAGUCAGUGAUAAUAGACUGUUUCGGUGGUCAAUAGAUAGCUGUUGUAAGAAAUUUACAAAAAAAUGUCAACUCAUAGAACACCAGAAGAAUUGUCACAUAGACUUCAGUCAAGUCAGUGAUUAUGACAACUGUUAUGACACAGAAUCAGAUAAUGUGUCGGCAAUUAUUGAAAAAGAUAAACAUAUCAAUCAUAUAAAAGACGGUAAUAUUGUAAAGAAAACUAAAUUAGCGCUCAGAGAUUGUCAACUUAAUGAAGUAGAUCCCGACAAAUACAAACCUAACCGGGUGUUAGUCGAAACUAAUGGAAACUACAAGUGCACUGAAAAUAACUGUACGAAAGUAUUUGCAACAAUCAAUUAUCUUAAGAAACAUAUUAAUGUCUGUCAUAGAGACAAAUAUAAAUGUGAUUACGAUGGCUGUCAUUACAAAACUGGUGAUAAACAAGUUUAUAAAACCCAUAAAAUUAAUCAUUCACUGGAAAAAACAUUUAAAUGUGAUUACAAUGGCUGUAAAACUUUCUACAAAAAUUUACAGCACUUGCAAUCACAUAAACUAUGCAAACAUCCCGAUCAAUAUCCAGACAUACAGUGGAUCCAAUGUACACACACUGGAUGUAUGUUUAGAUCAAAAUCAAGUGCUGUUCUGAUUAAUCACAAAAAACGACACUUAAAACUAUAUAAUUGCGAUGAAUGUGGAAAAAGGUAUGGAUGUAGUAGUAACUUAAAAGCACAUUUGACAACACAUAACAGUGCUCUUAAAAUCAAGUGUGAGUGGCCGGGCUGUGACCGGCUCUAUGGUGUUAAGUAUCAGUUGGAUGAUCACAUGAAUACACAUACCAAUGAAAAGACAUACCGAUGCGAUCAUAAUGACUGCAAUAAUAUUGUAUUCAAAACUGUUCGUAUUAUGCGAUUGCAUAAUCUUAGCAAACAUCCCGAUGAAUAUCCAGACAUACAGUGGCGGAAGUGUUCGUACACUGGCUGUACGUUUAGAUCAAAAGCAUCAACUCUUAUGUUUGAUCAUAAGAAACGACACCUGAAGCCAUACAAAUGUAAUGAAUGCGGUAAACAGUUUUCAAGUGAUAAAUGUUUAAAAUCACAUUUGGCUACACAUAACAGUGCACUUAAAAUCGCUUGUGAAUGGCCGGACUGUGAGCGCCGGUUUACAACUAAAGGAAAAUUAAAUGAACACAUGAAUAGUCAUACGGCAGACAAGACAUACCGAUGCGAUUGGCCCGACUGUGAUAAGUCAUACCAUUUGAGAGCUGGACUUACGUCUCAUAUUAGAAGAACACAUAAUGGUAAGGCAGACUACCGGUGCCAUUGGACAGGUUGUGAUUAUCAGACAACUAAUUCAAUACGAUAUCGAUAUCAUCUACAAAAACAUGACGGAUCGGUACCGGUAUAUGAAUGUCAAGCAAUUGAUUGCAACUUUAAAACAAAAAUGAAAGAUGCGUUUGAUAUACAUAUGAAAACUAAACACAAUUGA